UAAAAUCUGAAACCUACAACAUGAGUUUUGCAGGUGGGAGAGAUGGAUCAAAAGGUUUGAUAAAGAGGAUUACAUCAACUUUCUCCAUCAAUAAAAACCAAAACACAACAACAAAUGAUCCGAAACCAGUUUUUCCUCGGUCCAGAUCAACAGGUGCUAGCUAUGAAUCAAUGAAGCUGCGUCAGGGGAAAAAGGCUCUUCCUGAUGUCACAGCAAAAAAGACAAAGAGGACCAAAUCUGCUUGUGUCUCUCCUCAACGAAGACGUGAAAAGAUCGACGAGUCCAGGAAACAACAGAUUGAAGAUAUCGAUUCCAUUUGGUUGACUUCUGAUUCUUCUAGCUCCCUUCUAGGGGAACGUAAAGUCUCUGUCUCGUUUCACUUCUCACUCGACGAAAGCAUCGUCUCUUGGUUAUCAAAUGCUGCUAAGAAUCAAGAAGACACCAAAGACAAUCAUCAUCAUCAUCACCAGAAAAGUUCAAAGGAUGCAAAAUAUUCUUCAGAGAACAUACGAAAAGAUGGAAAAUAUGUUGGAACAGAUUCUGCAAAGCCGUGUUCUUCACAUUUACCUGAAAACAACAACAAGACUUGUGAAGAGACCUCUAGUUUCAACAGAUAUGUGAGUCGUGAGUUGACUUCGCAGAGUCACGAAGAAAAGAAAGUUACCUUCUCACUAGAAUCAGAUGCGUCUCCUUCACCGGUUAUCUCAAAUCUUUGGCCACCUACUCCUCCUAUAACCAUACUAGCAUCAGCUUUGGAGAAAGUUGCGGAGAUUGGAGGUUCAAAGAGAAGGAAUGUUGUGGAGCCGCUUUUCUGGCCAUUGGAGCAGAAGUUUGAUUGGACAACAGAUGAUAUAAUGAAGCAUUUCUCCAUGUCUCCUCAGAGAAAAAAAUAUAUUGGAUCCAAAAGUGCUAGCACCUCACCAAGGUCAAUGAGGGCACAGCUUCAUACAAGAAAGCUAGAUCUCAAAGAAGGGUGUAAGAGAAAACUCAUGUUCAAUGGUCGGCCUGGAUCAAACUCAAAACUAACACAGAUUCCAGAACUGAAACAAACAAUCAGCAGCGACCAACCACCCAUCAAGAACCGUUUGAAGAGGAACAAAAGUUUGCCAUCAAGGUUGAGAAACACCAGCGAAAUAUCUUCAAAGGUGGUACCUAUUGAAGCUACAGAAGAGAGUGUAGAGAUAAGUAGAGAGGAAAAGAAAACACCUAAGAAGCUUGUCAUGACCCGUAAGUCCAGAACUUUUUUAGAAGAUGACUUUGGUUUGAUGAAUGAUUUCUCUAUAGAAAACGCGGUGGGGCUUUGCGAGUUCAGGGGAAGAGAAGGCAUUGAUUCAGACUUCAACACUGAUUGUUUCUUGUUCGAAGAUUCUCUAUGAAAAGCAAAAGGCUUUAUAC